AUGGAGGAGCAUCCUGAACACUGGCGACACACCCUGAUGGGCUGGGACUUUUGGCAGGAUGCAAAACAGUACGAAAACAAAAUCAGCCAAGAGCUGGAUAUCGCACUCGAUCUGGAUAUACCCAGGCGUUUCCCGUUCAAUCUGGUCCCCGAGGAGACUCCCACCAAGCGACAGCGUCGCCUGAGUAUGUCUGAUGCAGGCAAGACUGGCAUCCAGCGUCACUCUUCUUUGUCAACGGGCGUGUCUCGGUUCAGGGCCCAUGAGCACCGUGCACGAUCACCCUCGCCUCGCAAGAUGAUACCCUCCUCACUGAACCCUUUCGCUUCUCGAGGUUCCGCCCCGACAACGCCUUCUGCGCUUCGAAUUGGAAGAUGCUCCCCGUUGAAACAGCUGGACCUGCCUUCAGGAGUUCUCGUCCAGACUCGUGAAGUGUCACCUUCACCUGCUCCGCCCAUUUCUCGUCAAGUCGCACCACCAGCAGACGACUUUGGGACUGCAGAGAGGCCGUUCACUGGGUUCCGUGGCGGUGCGACAUGGUUAGAUCUGCCUCGGACAAAGAAGACACUAGGCCUAGACCUGUCCUGGCCGUGCACUGACGAAACGAAGGAGCCAGUUCGCUUGGAUAUCCUUGAGCUGGAGCCACUGUGCCAGUUUCGGGGCCUGCGAGCACUGAAAAUCACUGGCAUGUUGCAGUCAUAUCAACCUUACAUCUGGCAGGCUGCCUGGUUGAACCUUGAACUCGAAGAGCUGUGCCUGGAAAUGGCGCUGGAACCGACAAUUGACAACGCAGGACAUGCGGCACAGUGGCGGCCCAUCUGUGAUGGGUGGGAGAUGGACAAAAACCCCUCCGCUGAGCCGGUUGGAAACCUCGGCGAUGGCUCGCUACACCCAGACAUUGGCUGCGGGGAAUACUUGGAUAAGCAGUGCAUCGAAAAGGCCAAGAUUCUUGCCAUGACCAUGGGCCGGACAUCUCAGUGCCUCAGUAUCAAGCAUCUGACUAUGUCCGGCUUUGUCGUGGACGCAGACCCCUUCGUGCAGUGGUUUGAUCCAUUGAAACUGCAAAGUAUCAAGUUCAAGGGCCAAUGUUUCGAUGCCGGGCUCUGGCUGCCCGAAUCUAUGAAGAGCAUCACCGUGCGGUACCCGAGGAAGGUCGAACUGGAGCCUGUUGGGGUCGGGAUGACUUCGGUCGAUCUGCGGAAAGAGUUGAAAGUGGUGGACAUCCAGGAUGGGUUGACCGUGGGCGAGAGCUCAUUCCCAGCAUGUCAGGAAGAGACUCGGGCUCUCAUGCAUUUUAUCAACCGAGUGGAGAAUUGA